AUGAAUGAAAUCACUUUAUGGACGGGCGAUGACAACCCCUCCCAAGAGUAUGGCGGACCCGGUUUUGGUGAUUACCAGACUUUGGGUAAUAUUGUCGUCGAUUUACCCGAACAUAAGGUCAACACUCAGUACAAGCGGGCGCUGGAUAUCGGGGACGCCGUGUCGACCGUUCAGUACGAAUCACAUGGCGUUCAAUACAAACGGGAAUACUUUGUGAGUCACGUGUCGGAGGUAUUUGUCGGCCGGUUGACCGCCGAUAAGGGAAAGGCAUACACCGGACGCAUAGAAAUACAGGAAUCGCAUAAACUAACCGUACAGGUGGUGAACAAUACAAUCGCAGCGAACGGCAAACUAGUGAAUGGGUUGUGGUUUGGGUGGAAAAUGUUAGUCCAAAACACGGGUGGAAGUCUUAAAGUUAACGGUUCGGUCAUUGAGUUCAACGGCUGCGACGCCCUGACACUCAUCGUAAGCGCCGGUACUGACUAUGUGUUUGACGACAAGAAAAAGUUUAAGUCCGGCGAAGACCCGGCUAUUAGUGUCAACGCGUGGGUGGCGAAGGCGGCGGACAAGUCGUACGACACCCUACGUAGCGAACACGUGGCGGACUUCCACUCGUUGUUCAAUAGAGUUGACGUCGAUUUGGGUGAGUCGUCGGCACAACAGACGGCGUUACCGACUGUCAAACGGAAGGUCGAAGCCGUCGCUACAUUCGAUCCGGAUUUCGAAGAAAUGUUUUUUCAAUUCGGAAGGUAUCUCAUGAUAUCGUCGUCGCGAACGAGUCUUCCCGCAAACUUACAGGGUCUAUGGAACGACAACAAUAGUCCCGCAUGGCACGCUGACUAUCACACAGACAUCAAUGUACAAAUGAACUACUGGCCGGCAGAGACAACAAACCUUGCUGAAUGUCAUGUGCCCCUGUUCAAUCUGAUUGUAAGCCAAUUGAACAUUUGGCGCAAACUUACCCGAGCUUCCGAUGAGUUACUAACGCCGCGGGGAAACCAUUCGUCAAAAGGUGUGGCCGUUGCCGGUCCGCACAAUAUCUAUGGAGGAAUGGGUACUCACUUUUCAUGGGAUAAGACGAAUACUGCUUGGUAUGCGCAACACUUUUGGGAACAUUACGCGUUCGGACUGAAUAAGACAUAUCUAAAGGACGUGGCUUAUCCUUACCUGAAAGAGGUGUCCGAGUUCUGGGACGAGCAGCUGAAGACUGUGACGAACGGCACUAAACAACAGUUGGGAAAACUGGUUGUCCCUAAUGGUUGGUCAUCAGAACAUGGACCCCAUGAGGACGGCUGCAGUUAUAAUAAUGAGAUCGUUUGGGAUUUGUAUACAAAUUACGUGAAAGCGGCGGACGUGUUGGGGGUCGACAAGGAGUUCAGGGAUCGCGUGGCGGGUGAGAGGGAUAGGCUGUUAUGGCCAGGGAUUGGAUCGUUCGGACAAUUGAUGGAAUGGAUGGAAGAACAACCGGGCGAGAAGACCGACCAUCACAGACAUACUUCCCAUUUGUUUGGCGUAUUUCCGGGACACCAAUUCAAUUGGGAGACAACUCCCACAUUGGCCAACGCGUCCCUGGACAUAUACCCCACACCUAUAGCUUCGGUUCACUACACCACCCUAAUGAUAAGUUGCCAUAGGGAUAAGGCAGUGAUGCCAACCUUCAGGGUGUCGCUUAAUGCCAGAGGUAUAGACCCAUCCAGUGAUGUGAGGGAGUGGUCGUUCGCGUGGCGCACAGCCAUAUACGCCCGGCUCAGGGAUGCCGAGAACGCCCACCACUUACUCCGCGAGUUGUUGUCCGAUCGAAAUACCUGUCCCAAUAUGUUUGGAUUACACCCUCCGAUGCAAAUCGAUGGCAACUUCGGUAUUACCGGAGCCGUCGCCGAAAUGCUUCUCCAUAGUCACGAACAAGUGGUCCAACUGUUGCCGGCUCUGCCCCGGGAUUGGGCGGUGGGACACGCGAAAGGUCUGCGGGCCAGAGGCGGACAUCAGUUGGAUAUCUAUUGGACUAAUCAUACGUUGAAUAAUGUUUUGAUUACGAGUGUUGUCGCCAGUGAUGUUAAUAUCAAAUAUGGAAAUACUGUCAAAACGAUUACAGUGUCUCCGAGUAAACCGAUUCAUUUGGAUCACAAUCUGAAUCCAAUUCCGUAG